AACAUGGCCGCCGACAGUAUUGUCGAUUUGCGACACAAGUUAAAACAUCAAUCAAAGCCCGCAAAAUCGGUCAAAAAACGCCACUCAGGGGGUCAGUAUGAUACUAUGUAUGCAGAUUUCUAUCAACCAUCCUCGAGAUAUGAAGAUCACGUAAAAAACGAAAGCGAGGAUGAAUUACGUAAACUUGACAACAGUAUUCAGCAACGUCGAAUUUUCUCAACAGCGCAGUGCGAAGAGAUCGAGAGAAAAAUUGACGAGGUUGUUGCUGAAGCCGAAGCAGGGGUGUACAAAGAUUGCACAGUCGACCGAGCACCAUUGAGAAACAAAUAUUUCUUUGGCGAAGGGUACACGUACGGAUCUCAGAUGGCAAAGAAGGGCCCUGGGCAGGAGAGGCUUUACCCGAAAGGGGAUGUAGAUGAAGUGCCCAAGUGGAUAGAAAAACUUGUGAUAAACCCCCUGUAUGACGCUGAAAUUGUUCCGAAAGGCUUCGUCAACAGUGCUGUGAUCAAUGACUAUAUGCCUGGGGGAUGCAUCGUCUCACACAUCGAUCCGCCUCAUAUAUUUGACCGCCCCAUCUUUUCGGUAUCUUUUUUUAGUGACAGCGCUCUAAGUUUUGGUUGCAGGUUCUCCUUUAAACCAAUCAGAGUGUCAAAGCCAGUCCUUACUUUGCCCAUUCAGCGAGGAUGUGUUACAGUCCUAAGUGGCUAUGCAGCUGAUGGCAUUACCCACUGCAUCCGACCUCAAGAUGUUGUUGCAAGGCGUGCUGUCAUUAUUUUGAGAAGAGUUUUACCUGACGCCCCUCGACUGGAUGAUGACCGGUCUUUCACGAGGAAACGUCAACAUGCGAGCGAUGAAUCAGACAGUGAAGAUGAAAAUCAAAGCCACUCAUAUAGAGUAGUCAUGCCACGUGCACAAGCUGCAAAGAGCCAGAAGCUUAAUCAAAAGCCUCCAAAAGUAAACUCUAAGGUUAUUUGCAUGAGCCACGGUAAUGGAGACAAGGAAGAGAAUAAUGACUCAGGUGAGGAGGACAUUGCCUCCCCCACCAAAAAGAUUGAGCGUGAAGUAAGAUUCUCCAACUGGAAGUCGUAACCUGUUUCUCAUCAAGUGCUUUACUCAGUUAAUAGUGUCAAAGUUUGUCAAGUGCCAAGUGUUGGAGACAGUUGUGUCUAGUUGGAACAUACUUUGCCUGGAUUUUGAAGUUUUAGUUUGUUUGUGUGUUGUUGUUUUUGUUUUGAAGCAAGCAGUGAAAAAUAUGGUUGAAGUGUCAGUACUUUACACAUAUUCUUCUUGACGUGUUUCGAAUACAUUGCAGUCAGACUGAUAGAAAUCAAGUAUUUGACAGCAUAGGCAUUGGUUACUUAUACCUACAAGGCAUUCCUGUUUUUCAAGAGUUUCUCAUUUACUUUCAUCAUGUUCAUGAGCUGUAUUUGUAUUGGUUUUCACAGUCAUAUGUUAUUACUAAAUAUAUUUUUAGUCUGAAUUAUUUCUCACUUCCCUAUUGUGUACUCACAAAAGUAUUAUAAGAUAAUGUCAUAUUUAGUUGCCUUGUUGUAGCAACAAGGUAUGUUCCAAUAUUGUUUUGAAGUCAGUUAUUGAUCUGCAUAUCCAUAAAUGAUGUUAAUGAUGUAGAGGGCUGUCAUUGAAUCAAAAAUUCAAGAUCAAUUUAUCUUAUGAAAAUUUCAGGAUAAAUACAGGAUUUUAUCCUGACUACCUCAGGUAGAUAUUGGGCCCAAAUGUCAGUCUCAAAAUUGGGAUUAAGAUUAAACUCAUGUGAAUGAGAAAGAGGCUUCAAUGUUUGGUUCUACAUUAAUGCAUUGAAUUCUGUGUUAAAAUACAUAAUAAGUGUACUAAAAACACCUUAAAAGAUCCAGUGGCACUUGUUAAAAAAAAUUCAACGCUCAAUUUCUCAAUAGGGAAUAAAGGUAAAUUGAAUAAAGCCUUUAUCAUAAUAAUUUAAGGACUAAUUUUAAGUUACUGCUGUUAAUGUAAAAGUUAAAACAUGGCUAGCAUAAGAACUACUUAUUCACUGUUUACCUGCAGUAUUUCGAAAAGAAAUGAUAUAAUGAAUGUGUCAUAAAAGUUAUUAUUUCAAUUAUUGCAUUGAUGAUACUUUUUUGUAUCAGUUGAUUGUGGAUACUGUGAUUUCAAUGACAGUCCUCAGCAUGUGAUGUACAUAUAAGUGUUUAUCAACCACAGUGUUGUUGGAAACACCCGAUGGGAGGGAGGACAACUAACCCCAGAUUAUUGCCACAAAGGACAACUACCACCUCAGAGUUAGUAGAAUUAUUCCCAACCAAAUUUGUUUUAUGAUUAAAUAUUAUAACCAAACACAUGUUUAUGAAAUAAUGUUUUAUCACAGCCUGCAAUUGUGCUGAGUGGCAAUUGUCCUAGGUGGAAAUUAUCCAGUGGCAAUUGUCCUGCUCCCCACUUGAUUGCAUAAUUCCCUCAUGGCAGCAGUGUGAUGUUUUUGAGUUGAGGCUGAAGAAAACAGUCUUUGGUUCCUAGGCACCUGUGCAGCAACAGAUUCACCCAGCAUGCACAGUGCUCCAGAUAAUGGGCAUAUUGGUGUAUGUACAGUGAAAAUAUAAGGAUCGACGUUACAAUUAAUGGUGUAUCAUGUACACGAGUAUAAUGGCCUGUGUGCCACUGUUAGGUUCUUACUGUCAUUUCCUUCAUGCUUCACUGUCUUAUGUUACAUUGUAAACUUGGUUUUUCCUCUUGCAAUGCAUUAUGAUCUACUACGUAAGAGGUAAAUCCUCGUUGCUAAGCAACUCUUCAUCAGCAGGAAAUGUGUUAACUUCACUUUGAUUGGCUAAAAAUUAUAACCACUUAGAACAUCACCUGUAUUCGUGAGUCUUUUCUAAUGUUCAUAUCUGAAAUUGCAUCGAAUUCACAGAAAACUAUCACAAGCUAAAUUGUUAAAGCAUACAUGUCUAUGCCAAGAUACUCAGUGAGUGAUGUGGUCAGUGAUAUUAUUGACAAUCUUAUAGACAGCAUUGUAUGAAAAUCUUGCUGAAAUCACAUGGAAACGAAGGUACAAGACAGUACUGAAUUGUGGCAAAAGUCAUUCCCAUGGCUUGGAUAUAGUGGCAGGACAUAAUAAACGUUUCUGAAAGUUGUGUAAGGGAAAGGAGACUAUCAUUGCUAUCAUUGCCAUACAGGGCCAGAGCAGAGAAACUGAAGUUACCUGGUGUCAGCUUAAUGAAUGGCUAGCAAACAUCUCAAAAGUUGAAUUUUUGUUUUUUAGUCUUAUCUACACUUAAUAAACAUGACAAAAUUUAUGAAAGCUGUACCAUUAAAUAGGUGGUGUUGCAGUGACUAACUGUAACACCACACAUUAACCAGUUAUUUUUGGGACACGAAUUCCUGCAUCCUAUACGCAUAAAAAUUGAUAACUGACACAAUGAAAAUUGAUUAAGCGUGUCCACAGGGACGCAGAAAAAGUCCAAAUACUUUUUGUAAAAAUAUUGAUCAAGUAAGAAUAAGUUAUCACCGAGUCUGCUACUAGCCGGGUUAUGGUAUCAUUUUCAAUGUAAUUACUGUAACAAUGUGAUGAUCAUGAUACACAAUAUAAUAACAGUAACUGAAUUACAACAGUAUCACAACAUAGCAUUAAUAAUGAUAUUUAAGUGUCUGGGAACCCCAUUAUGUAGUCCGGGACCCCUGAAAAUUAAAAGUAUGAGUCCCAGGGACCCUCAAAGACAGGACUUGAGAUAAAUCCCUGUUAACUGUUCAAUAAUCACUUAUAUUGUGAUAAUAAUUAAAUGCAGAGGUGAUGUGUACUUUCUGAUAUUGAAAUGCUGAAAAUAUAUCUGAGAAUAAAAGAACAAAUAAGAUA